GUUAAUGUUCCGGACGUUGUCCUGAAGUGUGGGCAUUUUUCUCAGCUGUGGUACAAAAAGUGUGGUGAGAGAGACUACCGUCUGCCUUCAUUUUUGUUCUUCAAAGUUCGACUUUUAUUCGAUAUUUUACAUUCACUAUUUGCUGUUGUCACAAACACAAAAGAGAGCGGUGACACUUUCACACCCAGUGAACAGUUUCCAAUUGUAACGUGAGGAUGCCUCUUCAAGAUCUCCUCCCUCAAUCGUCGGACGACACGCCAGAUACAGGCGAGAUUAAGAUGGACAUGGAUCCUGUGAGUCCAACGUCCAAAGAGAACACAGGUGCGGGCAUCGCUGAGGAUGAAGAAGAUCUCAAAGAUGAAUUCUGCGAUCCCGAUAAUCCGGUCGUCGUAAAGUUUCAAGAUGUCAGUGCUGCUGCGUAUAAAAUCAAGAGCGGAAUUCAACGAACACCGUGCCAGCGGUCUCAGAUUUCAAGUCUGGUCGGAAUGGAGCUUUUCUUCAAGAAAGAUUUCUUACAGACGACCGGAAGUUUUAAAGAGAGGGGAGCUCGUAACACCCUCCUGACUCUGUCUGAGGAACAAAAACAGAAAGGCGUCAUCGCAGCGUCUGCAGGAAACCAUGCCCUCGCCCUGUCGUAUCACAGCCAGAGUCUCGGUAUCCCGGUGACCGUCGUCAUGCCGAUCAUCGCUCCAAUUAUGAAGAUCAACAGGUGUAAGCAGAACGGAGCCACGGUCAUCAUUCAUGGACAAGAUUUGGGAGAAUCCAAGACAUACGCAAUCAGAAUGGGCAAGAAACAAGGCCUCAUGUAUAUAAAUGGAUACGACAACCCACACAUUAUCUCAGGGCAAGGCACCAUGGGAUUGGAAAUUAUUGAACAGGUCCCCGACUUGGAUGCUGUUAUUAUUCCAGUGGGGGGAGCCGGCCUGAUCGCUGGGGUUGCUCUAGCGAUAAAGAGCCUAUCCCCACGAACCACUAUCAUUGGAGUGGAAUCUGAACAAUGUCCGAGCUUCUCGGCUGCCAUGGACGCAGGGCACCCCAUCUGGACCAAAUCCGGUCCAUCUCUCGCAGACGGUCUCGCUGUCCCCACAGUUGGGGUAAAUGCCUUUGCUACCGCCAGGCAUUAUGUGGACAAGAUGGUGGUCGUCAGUGAGGACCUGAUUGCUCUGGCCAUUCUGAGGCUGAUUGAGAUGGAGAAGGCUGUCGUAGAAGGGGCUGGGGCAUCGGGGCUAGCUGCCCUCAUUGGAAACAAGCUGCCCGAACUCAAGGGCAAGAGGGUAGCCAUACCACUGUGUGGAGGCAACAUAGACACGACCGUGCUGGGUCGGGUUUUAGAGAGGGGUCUAGCAGCAGACGGUCGCUUAGCACGAUUUGUUGUGACGGUCAGCGAUAGGCCGGGAGGUAUCACAGAACUUGCCGAUAUUAUUAGCUCCAUGGGGAUCAGUAUUAAGGAUAUCUUCCAUGAGAGAGCGUUUCUGAAGAGUGAAAUAUUUAAUGUCCAGGUGAAGUGCGUGGUGGAGACUCGAGACCAGGAGCAUUCUGAUGAGCUGUACAGAGCACUGAAGCAUCAUUACCCCUGUGGCAGGAUCAUCUGGGGGACGGACAGCAUCUAGAUGCCUCAGCUAUUCUUACAAGUAUCCUGGGGUUGGUUUCACAAAGAUAGUCCUAACUUAGGACUAGUCUGAGGAGUUAUUAAAAACUGGUGGCUAGUCCUAAGUUAGGACGAGUGAGAUAAGACAAAGUUUUAACUCUUUGUGAAAUCCACCCCUGUAGCUAUAAGCAACACAUCUCAAAAAAGAUUCUUUGCCACCUUGUGAAGUUUCAAAUCCUACUGAGAAACCAAGAAAUAAGUAUGCAAGAUUCGCAGCAGGCGCUAUUAGAAAUAUUUAUCAUUAUCAUAAUCUCUGACUCGUAAAACGUAAAACGAUCAGUGUACAUGGAGGACCACACUAUUGGCUCUUCUCAUAGCCAACACUCCUCCCCAAGGAGAUGUACAAAAAUGGUUGCACCCAAAUUUUGACUAGUAAAAGUUACUUCUUAUUAUCCAAGUCAUUUAAAGCUUCAUCAUCAUUUGUGUCUUGGAGCUUUUUUACCCUAGGAACCUCCAGAGUUCCGAAAAAUCUUCUCUGCGGUAGUAGAAUAUACAGCACGAUAAGUUCUCAAAAGAAUAUAUAUAUAUAUUUGGUGUGCAGUAACACCAUGUGUGUAUCUACUUGCCAGGUAGAGUUUGUUCUUAGAGAACUGUCUUUCUUUUUUCUACUACUGCUGAGUAGAUUUAACGGAUGUUCGUGAGACUUCUCUGCUUUUAAAGAACUGCCCUGCUUUUAAAGGGCAAGUAGCUGCAAACCAAAUUUACAUUGAUACCCCACCAAGCAAUACCUCAAAUCCCAUAUACCAAAGAAACCUUAGUGAACAUUUAUUUGCUAUCUCGUUGAUAGUCACAAAUUUGCUUUACUUAUAGCUGAAUACGUUGAGAAACUUUUGGGCAUUUUUAGAAGUAUAUUUUCCGUCGCAUCUCUCCUUGGUGUCUCAUCAUGGCUCACAACAUUUAUAAAAAUUAGGAUGAAACGAUCAUUUCAUAUGUAAAAUAAAAUGCUUAUUUAUCAGCAAAAUUUACAGAGAAAGAUUUAAUAAAAGUCAUAUUUGAAAGUUUCAUCUGAAUACAAUGUUCACUUGCCGAGAAAUUUAGAGUUAAGACCUUGAGCAAGUACGAGUGCGCUCCGUGGUUAAUUAAAGGUUGACUAUUUUGACUCGAACCCAGGCUGGUAGACCAUUGGUUGCCUUCUGUGGUCGACCAUUUGGAAGUGUUGAAUACUGUGGUACUGAUGGUUGACUAUAGGAUUCCAAAUAAGUUUAAAGGCAGUGGACACUAUUGGUAAUUACUCGACAUAAUUAUGAGAGAUAAACCUUACUUGGUAAC